AUGGAUUUGGAUAUGUCUGAAACCAUCACAUUGACACAAAUAAAAAACGGUAACUUUAAACCAAACAUCUCAUAAAGUUUCAUGCCCUUUUUUUUCCCGCGUUGCAGAGUUCUUCGCAUUAUCGUAUCAAAGAACAGAGGAAAAAAACAGAGUGUGACCGUACAGGAGGGUUUGGGAUGUAAUCAGUUCAGAGAAAUGAGGAACGUCUUCAAGAACAUAACCGGUGGGACCGGUAACGUUCUUCCGGCCAGUGUUCAGGGCAGAAGUUGACAUCACCAAUCUUGUCGGAGACCCACAUGUCUGACUACCGGAGAGAGAAGCAAUCAAGCGGAGACCCGUGUCGAAGCUCAAUGAUCGAUAUUUUCUACUGAGUCUAUGGAUUAAAGACCCAAAUUGGUGAUGAUCGGUUUCAGAGGCGGUACUCCGGUUUGAGGGUGACCGGAAUCUAUACGAAUCUAUUUAUUUGUGGUCGAAUCAUAUGUGUUUAACUGACAAUAUAUUAAACAAUACUGACAAACGGCUUUUUAAUAAUUAUAAUAAAAUGCAAUAAACAAGACCUCAAUGACACUGAUUUUUUUUUUUUCCCUCAAACGAGACAACUUUAAUAUUGAGAAUUUUAAGAGCAAAAGAAUGUUGUUGGGCCUUCUUAAUGCAAUUGUUCGGCCCACAGAACCUUGCAUAUGUUCUAAAUUGCCAAUAGACGACUAAGCUCUUAAGCCCAUCCAUUUUUCUGAACUAACCAUAAUUUGCCUCUCCCGAUAUUUGUUUAACUUAUGUAAAUUUCAUAGGUUAUAUCCUUUUUACUAACUUAUGUAACUUCGUUUUAGUGCCAAUUGUUUAAUGAGUUUACGUCUGGUUUAGUUUUCAAUAGUGUACUUUCACAUCAUCACAUGAAAUAUUUAUGGUAGAUUAUACUAGAAAACUAUAAAUUAUAUUUUAAGCUUUUUCUAUCAAGUCUUACUCCUUAAUCUUUUUGUUUUUGUUGUUUUUGUUGUUUUUGUUGUUGUUGUUGUUGUUGUUAGGGUGAAUUAGCCAAAUGACCAAAUUUGAGAAGGAAAUUAAGUGCAUACCAUUGAUUUUGACAUAAUAAAGCCCAUAACAAUUAUGUCAACUUCUAUCCGGUAAUGCCCUUUUUUUGUUCAAGUUGUCAGUAAUAGAGAGAGAAACUGAUGACAUCAACAAUUUGACACCCCACAAUUAAUUAUCACACGUAAUUCAAUCAACACCACACUUUUGUUUAACACAUAAAUAUACAUCUAAUUUUUCUAUACCAUAUUACUAAAAAUAAUAUGAUUCAAAAUCCACUCACACCUAGUAAAUACUAAACUUUAAUCCAAACCUCAACUCCAAAAUAAUAAACCCUAAACUUUAAACAUCACCCUUCCAUCUAAAUACUAAACCCUAAACCCUAAUUACUGAACCCUAAACCCAAAUAUAAACCUUAAACCCAAUUAUCAAAAUCUGAAAAUAGUAUAUAAUAUUAUAUAAUAUUAAACUAAAUCCAAACAAAACUCCUCAAUGCUAAACUCAAACCUAACUUUUGAAUACUAAACCCAAAAAUGCUAUCACUAAACCCAAAUCUAAACUCCCACCUUCCAAAUACUAAACUCUAAAUCCUAAUCACUAAACUCUAAACCCAAGUAUAGACUAUAAACCCAAAUAGAAUGGAACAAAAUACAUAGUAUAGUAUAAAUUGGUAAGCAAGAAAAAACACUUUUUUUUAAUCGUCAAAUAGAACAUACAUAAUACGGUCACUAAACCCAAACAUCAACCCCCACCUUCCAAAUACUAAACCCUAAAUCUUAAUCAUUAAACCUAAACCCAAGUAUAAACUCUAAACCCAAAUAGUAUAGAAGAAAAUAAAUAGUAUAGCACAUAUAGUUGUAAACAAGAAAUUGAUAAAUAAUGAAUUUAUCAAACAAUCGAUGGUACAAUAAUACAACAACCGUAGCAUACUAUUUAGUUUGGUACUUGCGAAUUGUACAAAAAUAUAAGAAUCGUACUAUACUAUAAUUUUCUUUCACUACAUAUAGUAUAGUCGACGAGUUCAUCUUCUUCACAUCUUCCUCUUUUUACAGACAUGGUGAUACACACAUUCACUAGUCCAGAGUAAUUAUUCUUCAUCAUACCAUAUCAAUACAGCAUACUAUAACAAUUUAAAUAACAAUGAAAAAAAUCAAGAUGAACAACAUUGAAAAAAACUAAAAAAAAAAAAAUUGUGAUGUCACCUCGUUGUUGUCUACGGUGUCAUCUUCUUCUCCAAACUCAAUUCCACAAGCCCAAAAUCUAUAUUAUUUCUUAAUCUAGUGGUUUGUGUUCGUAUGUAUAAAAAAAACAGAGAUUGGAGGAGAAGAGGAAGAAGAAGAGAAAGAGCUGUGAAAGAAUGAUAACCACAAUUUAUUAAAUUAUUUAUUUAAUAUUUCUUUUGAUAAAUAACUCUCAGCAGGUCACACAGGUUGAAUUGAAGGGUAAUAUAGCAUUAUUACAUAAAAUACAUGUACUGUAGAUGAAAGUUAGGGGUUUUAGUUAUGUAAUGAAUUAUAAUUUGUUUGAAGGUUAUACAGCCAAAUUUCCCUUAAUAUCCAAUUCAACCUGAAAAAGUACAACUAAUUGAGUCGGAACCGUUCUCAAAGAACGUACGAAUCAAGAAGAGCAAAACUUCUCAUUUUUAAGGUGUAGUAUUCCCUCUAAAUUUAAAGUUCAGCUAAAUAAUACAAUAAAACUGUGGUCCUGUGGACACUAAUAUUUGUAUGUAUAAGUCAAGAAACCUAUCUUCAUCCAGUAUCUAAUGUCAUACCAUAUAUCUAAUAUUUUAAAACAAAAGAAACUUGAAAUAAAUAAAAGAUUACGUCGAGGAAUAUUGUUUCUUGUUUUCCAUUUUUUUUUUCAAGUUUUGACUCAUUUAUUUGGUUGCUUUUUCUAUUUUUAAUAAUGCUGAUAAUUUUUUUGUAAUAAUACAUCACACCAGUGUUCUACGAAUUUCGAUGUGUUUGCAAAAAAAUCAUAACCUAAAUUGUUUUUCUGUUUAAAUCUUCAUUUAGCAUCCAAAAAGUUAGAACUGAUGAUUCAGAACUUCAUGAUACGAAAUGGGAUCAAAACGAAGCUAAAAACUUCUGUAAGUUUUACAUUUACUCUAAAAAGUUAUAGAGAAUUACAUAAAAUAAAAAUUAUGACAAAAUAUAUGAUAAUCCAGACAAAGAGGCAAUCAUUAGCAUCUAUAUGUUUUAUUCAGGACAUAUCUUUGGCCCCUCCAUGAUUUCAUUCUUUGACUCCCAACAUUUAAAAAAAAAAAAUCUUUAGUUAACAAUAUGUAUAACAUAACUAUGAUGUGUAUUCUCUAUACACAUAUAUAUAUAUAUAGGAUUUUUUUCCUCUUUUUCCUUUGGUGGUGUUUUACCGUUGGGAUUGAGAUGAUCUUUUGUGUAUUCUUAACUCAAAUCUCUUAACGAUAAAGUUACAAUCCUUGAGAAAUCGAAAUGCUUUUAGCUUAAUAUAUAUUCUAUUUGUUUCACAAUAGAUGAUGUUAUUCCUUAGAGUAUGAUUAACCCGAAGUUCUUAAGAUGGUCCUUAUUUAAGAACCGGUUCUUAAAGUCCUUUAAGAAUCGGUUCUUUAAGAGUCGGUUCUUAAAGUCCUUUAAGAACCGGUUCUUAUCUUUUUUAGUUAAAAGUUAAGAAACAGUUUCUUAACUUCUGCUAAGAACCCCACUCUAAAAACCCCGGAUUAAUCAUGAUUUUAGUGCACAAAGAUUAAGAAAUUUAUUUUUUUUCUAAAAAAUAAUUUUAAAAAUAUUAUUUAAUAAUUAUUUAAACAAUUACAGAAAUGACUACAACAUUUAAUUGGCUACACAGUUUAAAAAAUAACAUAAAAAUAUCAAAACAUCGACGAGUUUGAAGAUCUAAAACUACAAUCCAAUUCAGAUGUAUCGUUUGUGGAGCCUACAUUAUUCUUAAUUCAUACAUCAUAAAGAGCCGUCUCAGGUUAUUGACAUGACACUUUCUAGACCAACAGUCAGGUUUUUAAAAACUCUUUAAAAUACAGCGUCACAGGAACUCAAGAACGAUAAUGACUUUUCUGCGACGAAUGAUUUUCGUUUAUUCAUAAAAUUCCGUUGUUCGUUUAUAUAAUUAUAUUUUCGUUACGGACAGAAACUUUUUUUGUAUUCUAUCUUACGUUUAUGAUCUCAGCAUGAAGCUUAUUCGCAAAGUUUAAGGGUACGGUACACGUUUCUUUUACCCUUGUAUCCUAUUUAUUCGCUUGGUUUCUUGGUUUAGCUUUGACCGUAUAUAUAUAGAUAUAUAUAUAUAUAUAUCUAUAGAAAUUGAUGAAAAACCAUAGAAGAUUGAUUUAUGCGAUAGAACUUUAUAAUCAUUACAGUCAAGGUACUCGAGAUCAAUGAAGAAAAAAAAACAUAUAUUCAUAAUUCAUCUAGAGUAUUAUGAAAUGGUAUGUUAGAGAACGCGUACAAUAAAUAUGUUUCAAGAACAAAUACUUCUUUCAUCAAGAAAAGGAACAGGCACUGCUUUAAAGUUUAAACUAAUACGCGUAAUAUUUUCAGGGUUAUACUUCAUUAAACAUUUGAUAGGAAAAGGAAAUUAUUGUCUGAUUUGAAACAUAUGUAAGAAGAAUAUAAUUGUCAUGAUUUCGUAAUUCAUGCUAACGUAAACGGAACUACAAGGACACCAUAUAUAAUAAUAUAAAACAAAUCAAAUUAAACUACAACACGAAUAUAAUAAGAAAAGUAAGGGAUGGUGUGGUCCAUAUGAUGGGUACACUGCUCAAAUUGCCUUACUUAUCAAGCAAUCUCUUAAUUCCUUUAUCUCUGCAGAAAUUGAAAUAAAAUAAAAUAAAACCAAAUUUGAAUAACAAAAGAAUAAUGAUCACUUCCUCCAGCUCGAUGCCCAUGUGACCUAUCUUCCUCUUCUCGUCUUUUUUUCGUCGUCUUUCUUUUCUUUUUUUUUGGGUUUUUAUUUGAUAAACAUCUCUUCUUCUUCUUCUUCUUCUUCUUCUUUUAUUUUGUUUAUUAAUUCUCUUUUGUUCUUAACCUUCCGCAAAUUCAAAACUACAACAUUAUUUCCUUGACUAGAAGUUACUAUAGAUUUAGAAGGUGGAUAUUGGGACGGAACGUAGGGUGCAGUAAUGCUAAAAAACGUAGAGUGAAGUAACUAUAGUUGCCAACAAAUGGUAUUUUAUAUGUAUAAACCAUAUAAAAUUAACAUAAGAUUUUCUCGUACAUAAUCCAUGUACUUAAUUUACUUAAAUUAUUUAUUAACAUAUAGAGUAUACACACACAUAUACAACAUAGACACUGCCACACUGCCACACACACACACACACACACACAUAUAUAUAUAGUACUGGACUACAUAAUUAUCAUUUGAAAUUUCAUCAUUUACAAAGGGUUAAGUUAACAGUGGUGAAUCUCAAAUUUCUUUCCGAACAUAAAACUCACAAUCAAUCAUAAAGAUAACAUAAUAAUUUUGAUAACUUAAUUAUAUAUAUAUAUAUAUAUAAAUCCAUACCACAAUACAACAUAAAAGUCACAAAAUUUAGAUUUAUAGGAAUAUGCACUGUGUACAGUCACAUUUACAGACACGUAUACAUUAUUUACAUAAACAUAAGUAAUUAUAAUUUCGAAGUGUUGUAUGCUUUUGUAGAUAUAACAAGAACCGCUUCAAAGACUCAUAUCGGCUUCUUGAACCAGCAAAGGCGAAAUAAAAGGUGGGUCAGUGAAUGGGUUUCAGAGCCACCUUUUCCUUUUUCUCGCUUACUUCUUCAGUUAAAGUUUGAGAUAAACACACAUUUAUAUAUAGACAACAUUAAUAUAUUAAUUCCCUAAAAUAUCUCUCGUAUGUUUUUAUUAAUUUAUACCCUUCACAUCCGAACUCGUACUUUCUUCUUCUCCCCAUUUACUUCUUCGUUUCUUAACUCUCUCUCUACUCUUUGCUAUCUUUCUCUCUCUCUCUUUCAUGGUUUGCAGAUCAUAUUCUGCUAGACCAAGUUUGUUCCUUUUAGCAUAAUUUGAGGGUUAAUUCCCCAUAAAUUCUUACUUUGUCUUGUUCAUGUGUCGGUUUAGGUUUUCAAGAAAAACCCUCUUUUGUCUUGUCUCCUCAAAAUCAGUGGUUUAUUCUCCAUAAUAAAAGAGGGUUUUAUUCAAAUCCUGUCUCUCUCUUUCUCUAUAUAUUCUUUUACCUCUCGAAAAUGAUCAGAAGAGCUUUCUUAUUAUCUCUUCACCUACACACAUACGCAUAAGAGAAAGUUUGUCAAAGGAACUAGGGAUUAAGAUGAGCAAGAGUAAUCAUGCUGGUUCGGUGACGGGUUCUGAUAUAAUAGAUGCAAAAAUCGAACAACAUCAACUUUGUGGAUCCAAGAAGUGUCCCAGCUGCGGCCACAAGCUCGAGGGGAAACCACAGGAUUGGGUUGGUUUACCCGCAGGAGUGAAAUUUGACCCAACAGAUCAGGAAUUGAUGGAACAUUUAGAGGCAAAAGUCUUAGUUAAAGACAUUAAAUCUCACCCUCUCAUUGACGAAUUCAUCCCCACCAUUGAAGGAGAAGACGGCAUUUGCUACACUCACCCCGAGAAACUUCCCGGAGUGACUAGAGAUGGUUUAAGCAGACACUUCUUUCAUAGACCAUCAAAGGCGUAUACAACGGGAACAAGAAAGAGAAGGAAGAUUCAAACGGAAUGUGACAAUAAUAUGCAAGGAAGCGGUAGCUCCGGUGAGACGAGGUGGCAUAAGACCGGUAAGACAAGACCGGUUAUGGUAAACGGUAAGCAAAAAGGUUGUAAGAAGAUAUUGGUUUUGUAUACCAAUUUUGGUAAGAAUCGAAAACCGGAGAAAACCAAUUGGGUAAUGCAUCAAUAUCAUCUGGGGACACAUGAGGAAGAGAAAGAAGGAGAGCUUGUUGUGUCGAAGAUCUUUUAUCAGACUCAACCUAGGCAAUGUAAUUGGUCGUCUACGUCAAGCUUGAACGCUAUAGGCGGUGGAGGCGGUGAAGUGAAUAGCGGUGGAGGCGGCGGAGAGUAUCAUAUGAGGAAAGAUAGUGGAAAUACUAGUGGUGGGAGUUGUUCUUCGUCUAGAGAGAUUCUGAAUGUCAAUCAUCCAAACCAAUCUGAUGAAGUAGGUGGCGUUAUGGCUGUACCGGCUGCCGCUACGACGGUUCCGCCUGGUCUCCCGAGUUAUGCAAUGGAUCAACUUAGCUUUGUUCCUUUCAUGAAGAGCUUCGAUGAGAUGGCGAGGAGGGAAACUCCUCAGACUGGACAAGCUACAUGUGAAGAUGUUAUGGCAGAACAACAUCGUUUUCGUCAUCAUCAUCAUGCAUCACCCUCAGCAACACCAAAUCAUGGGGCUCAUGAUCAUCACCAUCCUCAACAUCAUCAUCAGCAACAACAACGGCAUCAUGCAUUCAACAUAAGCCAGCCUACACAUCCAAUAUCAACCAUCAUUUCUCCAUCCACGUCGCUUCACCAUGCCUCCAUUAAUAUCCUUGACGAUAAUCCUUAUCAUGUUCAUAGAAUCUUGCUCCCUAAUGAAAAUUUCCAGAUCCAACAACAACAUCAAGAAGGAGAAGAAGAACAUAAUGAUGGGAAGAUGGGAGCAAGGUCAGCUUCUGGACUGGAAGAACUCAUAAUGGGCUGCACUUCUUCUACCACUCAUCAUGAUGUAAAAGAUGGAUCAUCAUCAAUGGGGAACCAACAAGAAGCAGAAUGGUUGAAGUACUCAACGUUUUGGCCAGCCCCUGGCUCUUCUGACAAUCAAGAUCAUCAUGGGUAAUUGUGCAUUUUUCCAAUCUGAUGAUCAUGACCCACAUCACAAAAGGUUGUUACCAUCAAUAUCUAUCGUGAUGGUCAUGUCGUCAUCAACUUCAUGACAUCUCCAUAUCUAUCGAUCUUGGACAACCAAGUUAUAUAAUGCAUGAUUUUUACAUGGUGAAGCGGUUUUAAACAGCACCAAAAAUCAUAUGUUUUUGUUUGUUAUAUAUUCAAGAGGAUUUUGAUAUAAAAAGAAUUUUAAAAGGGGAGGAAAAAAAAGAAACCAAAGUAAUAAAAAGCAUGAGAAAAGCUGUUAUAUUCCAAAGAGAAGAGGAAAAAGCAAAGAAAAUUGCAUGAAAAUCAUCAAUAGUGCCAUAUAAAAUUAGAGAUCAAGUAUGUCCAUUAUAUAUUUAUUUUAAAAUUCGUUUCUUCUGUUAUUUGAAUUUCUUCUAUUGUCUUUUUCUUUGUUUUAUUAUUUAGGAUGAACUUAAUAGUUUAUUGUAUUUUUUGUUUAAUAUACAUAUGCUGGUAAAUAAAAUUAAUUACUUGUUACUAGGUUCCC